GCGCCAUUUUGCGAACGGCGAGCAGCGGCGGCGGCGCGGAGAGGCGCAGCGGAGGUUUUCCUGGUUUCGGACCCCCAGCGGCCGGAUGGUGAAAUCCUCCCUGCAGCGGAUCCUCAACAGCCACUGCUUCGCCAGAGAGAAGGAAGGGGAUAAACCUAGCGCCACCGUCCACACCAGCCGCAUCAUGCCGCUCCUCAGCCUGCACAGCCGCGGCGGCCGCAGCAGCGAGAGUUCCAGGGUCUCCCUCAAUUGCUGUAGUAACCUGGGUCCGGGGCCUCAGUGGUGCUCCGAUGUCCCUCACCCACCCCUGAAGAUCCCAGGUGGGCGAGGGAAUAGUCAGAGGGAUCACAAUCUUUCAGCUAACUUAUUUUACUCUGAUAAUCGGCUGAAUGUAACAGAGGAACUAACGUCUAAUAACAAGACGAGAAUUCUCAGCGUCCAGUCCAGGCUCACGGAGGCCAAACACAUCACCUGGAGAGCGGUGUGGAGUGGUAGCAGUCUCUACAUCGAGCUCCCAGGCGGCCCUCUGCCCGAAGGGAGCAAGGACAGUUUUGCAGUUCUGCUCGAGUUUGCUGAGGAGCAGCUCCGAGCUGACCAUGUCUUCAUUUGCUUCCAUAAGAACCGCGAGGACAGAGCCGCCUUGUUCCGAACUUUCAGCUUUUUGGGCUUUGAGAUUGUGAGACCAGGGCAUCCCCUUGUCCCCAAGAGACCCGACGCUUGCUUCAUGGCCUACACAUUGGAAAGAGAGUCUUCAGGAGAGGAAGAGUAGUGAGCCCACCUUGCCCCCUGCAGUUCAUUGUGUCCUGCUGUGGGUGGGCUGGGAAUUCAGACUCUUCUCUCUCCUGUUUUGUCCGCAUGUCAUGAUUGUGCAAAUAAACGCUCACUCCAAAUUAGCGGUAUAUUUCUUGAAGUUUAAUAUUGUGUUUGUGAUACUGAAGUAUUUGCUUUAAUUCUAAAUAAAAGUUUAUAUUUUACUUUUUUAUUGCUGGUAUAAGAUGAUUCAGAUUCUCCUUGUACUUUGAGGAGGUGUUUCUUAUUUGAAGUCUUGGAAAGUUGUAGGUCUCCUAACUUGGUAAGAUAGGUAAAAUAAUCUACCCUUCUAUUGCUCUCAAAAAUCUAAAUAAAAAUGAUCACCUCUA